AUGGCUGAUUUAAUACGUGCUGUGGGAGCACCGAUUGGACCCCCUAUAAAGGACAAGUUAGGAUCGCCUUCUACGGAAUCCGAAGACGGCGGAGGAGAUAUUGCCGAGUUAACAGCCGAUUUGGAAUUAGACGAAGCUGAUGGGCCAAGCACCAAUGGUGAACGGCAAGCUGUCCUUGCUCCCCCUGAGAGUGAGUGGUAUCAUGGACGCCUCGACAGAUACACUUCUGAGGAAAGAUUGUGGGCUACUGGCAAGCACGGAAGUUACUUAGUUCGCGAGAGUGAUAGAAAACCAGGCUCAUACGUUUUGAGUUAUUUGGGGCGCACUGGCAUCAAUCAUUUUCGCAUAACUGCAGUUUGUGGUGAUUAUUACAUUGGAGGACGCCAGUUCGACUCCCUCACGGAGCUAGUCGGUUUCUAUAGCCAUUGUUCGGAUUUGCUGAAACGCGAGCGUCUAGUCGAGCCAGUUCCCCCACCCGAACCUGUUAAUGAUAAAAAGCGCGUGGUGGCUAUACUACCCUACACUAAGAUGCCGGACACGGACGAGCUCACGUUUCAGAAGGGCGACAUUUUCUUCGUGCACAAUGACAUGGGCGACGGCUGGCUCUGGGUCACUGCACACAGAACUGGCGAGCAAGGGAUGAUCUUUAGAGAGUUAGUUGAGGAUCUGGAUCCAUCAAUUGAUCCCAACACUGUUUUCUCUUGGUUUCAUCCGAACUGUACUAAAAGUGAAGCUGUCGAUAUGCUAGUCAAAGCAGGACCUGGUAGCUUCUUGGUCAGGCCUUCAGACAAUUCACCCGGUGACUACUCUUUGUUUUUCCACAUCAAUAAUCAAAUUCAGAGGUUCAGGAUUGAAAAGAAAGGUGUACGUUACCUCAUGGGUGGUCGGACAUUUGAGUGUUUGGAUGCGGUAAUCAAUAGAUACAGAAAAGAGCAGAUCGUAGAAGGACAUACGCUGGGACAGCCACUCAUAGCAGAAGGUCAUCAAAUAGAACCGCAGCAAAGCACAACGGGCGCCGCAGCGGAGAAGAUAUACGCAACAUUAAGGGAGUGUCGUGACCAGAUAGGUCUGAAGAAGAUGAAGGGAAUCAAACACCAGGGCUACCUCCACAAGAAAUCAGAUAAGGGCGCUAAAAAGUGGAAGGCUCUGUACUUCGUGUUGCUUCAAGAGGGAACUGAUACCCAUCUGUACUUCUAUGAUUCACCGAAGCGAACAAAGCCGAAGGGCCUUAUUGAUCUGUCGUGUGCUUAUCUAUAUCAGGUCCACGAGUCUCUGUGGGAGAGAGAAUUCUGUUUCCAACUGGUAGAGCGAGCUCUGCCUUGUCUCUCUACGCACACCUUCCUAGCGGCUUCCUCCGCCACUGAACUGCGUGGCUGGCUCGAUGCGCUUCGACCGCUCUGCGUGCCGCAACAGGCUAGACAUCAGUCUAAGGUGUCGCGGGUAGUUUGGCUUCGUGCUUUGCGCGUACGCUGCGUAACAGCGCACCGUUUGCCAGCACGUCUGGCUCCGCGGCCAUACUUACGUCUGGCGUUGGGCGCUGCUCCGGUGGCGCGUACGAGGCCGCGACCCUCGCCCGACCCGCACUGGGAUGAUGAGUUUGUGUUCGAUGAUGUCCCACCAGAUGUUACAUCUUUUACUAUUACCGUACAUAACACUGGCAAGAGAGGCAAGGAAUCGGAGGUUGCUGAAUUGACCAUAGAAUUAGCCAACCUGGCUAACGGUGAAGAGGUUGAGGAGUGGUAUCCCCUUGCGGGGAUGACGCCAAUUGGCGAAUGGGGUUCUCUAAGACUUCGUAUUAGGUAUAUGCAAGAAUUAGUGAUGCCCCGCGAGGAAUAUAAUCCAUUGCGGCAGCUACUUUUAGAACCUGGUUUACCUGCUGUCAAGGCGCUAGCUGACUUAUGCAGAACAGACAGGCAACCGUUAGCAACUUCGGUACUCCACGCGUUUUCCGAGUGCGGCCGGGGCGCGGAGCUAGCUCACGAGUUGGCUGCAGCGGAAGUGGCGCGGGAAGCAGACCACCGUGCUCUCUUCCGCGGUGCAUCGCUGGCCACCGCUGUACUGGACGAAUUUAUGCAUGCCCUUUGCAAACCUUUCUUGCAGGCGGCAAUAUCAGAGACAGUGCAAAAGUUGAUAGAUGCAAAACAGUCUGCGGAACUUAACCCCACUAAGAUGGACUCUCCGGAUGACGCCUGCAACAAUGCAGAGUUCUUACUUAUGAUUUUGGAUCAGAUAACGUUGUCAAUAUUUACGUCGCCGGAAGCGUGCCCUCGGCCCAUUCGUUAUCUCUGUGGAUGCCUGCAGCGUGCGGCUGUCGCUAAAUGGCCAAAUGAGAGAUUUGUCCGCACGAGAGUGGUUUCAGGGUUUAUAUUCCUGCGUCUUAUUUGCCCGGCGCUGGUUGAGCCACGCGCGUGGGGCCUCUUAAGCGCAGCGCCCCCACCUCACGCCCAAAGAUCCCUUCUCAUGGUCGCCAAGUGCCUGCAGAAUCUUGCCAACCUCGUCGAGUUUGGAGCUAAGGAACCUUACAUGGAGGUCGUAAAUCCGUUUAUACUGAAGAAUAAGGAACGCAUGGUCGUGUUUUUAGACCAACUCAGCUCAGUACAAGACCCAGGAAAUAUACAGACAAAUUCUAACAAUAACUUUGAUAUAGCGAAAGAACUAGCGACCAUCCAUCACAUCUGCGUGUCGCACCUUGCGGAAUUACAGAACCUGUCAAAGAGUCAACCGGCUAUCAGGAAACUAGUGACAGUGACAGAGAUGCUCACUAAGCACAAACACAAGUACCUCGAGAUGAUCAGAUAG